AUGGUUGCGGCAGCUCACGAAGCGCCGUUCGAUUCUCGAUCAAAGGAAGACGUUAGAGACGAUGAAGAUGUACUCGCCGUUAUGAACACCCUGGGCGACGAAGCAUCGGCGGCCGCGGAGGAGGAAGGCCCAAAGGAAGACGAGGCCAAGCCCGCGACCGAGCAGGAACUCUGGGCUCAAGCGGCGUUCGCUGGCCCGUCACGAGUUGAGUACUUUGAUCCGCUGAUCACGCUUUCGGCGCCGCCGUUGAGCCUCCCGCGGUUGCAGACGCCUGCGUCAAACCCGCCCAUCUCGUCGUUCAGGCUGCUCGAACUCAUGCUCCGCGCGACACUGGGGACGGCUAUGAACGACUCGCUGAGGUGGAGCCGGCGCGAGGGCCGCCUGGUGAAGGGGUUCCUCGACAUUGGAACGGGGGUCAGGCGCCUAGAGAUCAUCAUCGAGGAGCACAACGCUACGCCGAUCACCCCCACACACCACGCGCUUCUGCACUCUCUUUCGACCGUCCUGACGUACGUCAAGGAGCGUCUCGCCGAGGGCGUCCGCAAUGUCAUGGCCAAGAUGCAGGAGGUCAACUACGACCCGAAAAUGGCUCCCUGGCUGCGGCGCGAGAUGGGUCUCCGCGACGCGAGGGAGCUCGUCACAGCCUGGUGCGAGGUGAUGUGCUGGCCGUUGGACCAGAAACGUCCCGUGGGUCUGCCAGCGCGGCCUUCCUCGCUUUUGUCCCAUCUGCACUCGCACCUCGUUGCUUGGAUGACGACCUCGUCGUCGCAGUCAAACCUCGUCCUCUCGCUCGCGUACAUUCUGUCGCGCUCUUCGGAGCCGUUCCUGGAUCUACUGCACCAGUGGCUCGGCCUCGCGCCGUGUCCCGAGGUCGACGACGAGUCGCAGCCGUGGCUUGACCUCGGUAUCACGAGGGAGCGCAUCGAAGGCCGGUGGGAGUACUCGUUCACGGCACGUCGCAUGCCGUCCUUCAUUCCUCGCACGAUCCGCAGGACGCUGUUCGACGCUGGCUGCUCGCUGAGGGCCCUGCAUGAGGCGACCAACGGUGCUCAUCCUUUGUGCAACGACUGGUCGCUUAGAGCGAACUGGGGAUGGGGCGCUGACGCGCGGGUGCAACGCGAGGUUGACAAGUGGCGCGGCACGCGCUCGCGAACGAUCUCCAUGUCCUCUGCUGGCUCCAGAUGGCGGUCCCGCCCGGGUUCACCUUGCUCAUCGACCUCACCUUCCGAGCCGGUCGAUUUCUGGGCGACCCUGUGCGAGCCUCCCGGUUCGCACCUUCCUCAGCUGUGGAAGGCCGCGCCUCUCGACGACAUUGAGAACUUUGUCGCGUUCCACACCGACGAGCCCCUUCUAGGUGACUCGCCCACGCUUGAGCUGUACAUCAGCUCGCAGCUGCUGUCUCCGCUUCUGACGCACGCCCAGCUCAUCUCCCAGGCACUCAUCUCGCUCUACCUCGACGACCUCUCGUUCCUGAGCCACCUAGACAUGUUGCAGGAGUACUGGCUGGGCGGCAACGCAGGCUUCGUGGAGCGCGUGGGUACAGCGCUGUUCACGCCUAGCGGUGGAUCGAGCGGCUUGCUCAGCCACCGGGAGCGGAACCGGGGCAAGCGUGGACUGGAGACAGAGGAGGACAUGGGUAUUGGUUUGGGCUUGGGCCUGAGCGACCGCCGUCGCUGGCCACCGGGAGGCGGCGAGCUGGCGUACGCGCUUCGCACGACACUUCUCGACGAGGAGCAGCCCAAUGAGAAUGGCUGGAACGUCGAAGACCUCGUGAGCUUCGCAAUUCGUGCCUUGCCCGAGGAGAACGACGGACGCAGAGCCAAGUGGUUAGAUCCGACAUCGCUCGACUUCCUGUACCUGUCCUACUCUCCACCACCGGUUAUCUCGACUCUCCUCCCGCCGAGUAUCAUGGAGAAGUACCAAAGCGUGCACAACCUGCUUCUGCGACUGCAGCGGGCCGAGACGGUGCUGAGCUCGCUGUUCUACGACGUCAUGAAGUUUGGCGACGGCAAGUCCUCUAAGGAAGGAGUUGACCUUCACAAGCGCAACGCGCACCUGACUGCACCUCGUCGCAAGGACCAGUCCCUGUUUGAAGGCGAGGCGGACGUCGCUCUCCGUCACCUCCGCUUCUGCAUGAGCUGGUUUGUCACUGCCAUCACGCGCUAUAUCCUGGACACUGCCAUUCGGCAGAACUGGGAGGUCAUGCGGCGCCGCCUGGACAAGCUGCGCAAACGCGCGCAUCUGAACGUGCACACUGAGAGUCGACCCAUGACGCCUGCGGACGACGAUGAGUUCGAGGACCUCGAUGGCGAGGUGUUUGACGUUGAGGGCGACGAGGAGGACAAGACGCAGCUGGGCACCCUGUCGCAGCUGCAGUCUGCGCACUCGCUCGUCCUCUACCACCAUGUCAUUAUGAACCGGAUCCUGAGGGCGUGCCUCCUGUCGCCGCAGCCCGGCCACCAAAUCACGUUCAAGAUCCUCAUGUCGCUGCUGUCUCUCAUCCUGGACCUGAGCAGGACCGUGAAGGAGACCGAGCGGAGUGGAGACGUUGAAAAGGGUGCCCAGCACGUUCUGGCCAUCCGGCUGGAGUGGAACGACAAGUUUGCCGUCUUCCUGCACGAGUUGGCAAAGUUGGCGUGGAGCCCUCAUGUUCAAUUGAACAUGAACGAGGAGCGUCCCUUAUCUGCCAAACUUUGCCAAAUCAGAGCUAACAACCAGUUCCAUGCGCUUGAGCGUCUCUCGCUGCGCACACCCGGACACACGGACCGUGCCUCGACUGAUAAGGAGCACAAGGCAAAGACGGAGGCAGAUGCGGAGCAGGACCUCCAACUCCUGCUCGAAGGCGAGGUUGAGGACAACUCAAAGACGCCAGGCAGCGCUGAGCUGCAAGAGCUGCUGCUCCGGCUCAAGCUCGGCGUCCCCGCCAGUAGGACGGGACGCUGGAAGUGA